CCAAACAGAGAGAUGUCUAGAGCUUCCAUUUGAGGCUGAGAGAGGAAAGAGGACUUCGGUGAGAUAGGGGACUGUUCUCCAUAGUUUAGGUUGGGCAAAAGUGCAGGCUUUUUCCUGGGACCAAGUGCACAGCAUCAAAAGAACCUGAGCUUGAGUUCUAUAUUUGGGUAUCAACCCAAAGGCAUUGCUCAGCCAAGACAGAUGAGACACUAGAGUCUAACUAGGACCUCAGAAUGGAGAGUUAAGGGUAUAGCUACAAGUAGUCAACAAAUUUCUGGUGGGAGAACUACACGGGGGUCUCUAAACACCUUGCUUAGAGAAAGGGAAAAGGAAGGCGGUAAACCACUGCCAGAACUUGUGCAAGAUCUCACAAUUACAAAGUGGGUUUAGACUCCGAAUCCAGAGCACAAAGUCUUAACGAAAAGGUCAGGCAAGUGGAUGGCAAGGGAAUGGGGACUGAGACAGACUUCACAGUAGGAGUGAAGACAAAUGAACCGAAUUUAAGGUUUCUUGGAGAAGUAGGUGGGGUCUGAAAAGCAGCGUGGCUCAUAACACCCCCUACAGGUACAACUUCCCACUCCUCUUGGCAGGGAACUCACUGUCUCCCAAGGGGGGGGGGCACAGCUAACCUCAUAUUCUCUGAUUCUUCCAAUCCAUCAGGACAACUAUUCUAAACAGUUCCCUUGCAAAAUAAAUCUCCCCGCGUCGUGUUCCUGGGGACUGUCAAAGAGUAGUAACUCGAAUUUCGUCUCUAUUUCAUUGCUCGCCUUGUUCCCGGAUCCACUAGGGUGCCUUUAUCCACCUCAACCUGAAACUGCACCGUGUUACAGCUGAGGUACUAACAAACAGAGCUGAACCUUCUCCCUGACAGAGUACACUCAGCCCGAGCUAGGGUUGUAGCUGGCCCCACUUAUUCGCAACUCGCCUCCCUGGGUGCUUUUGCCCACAAGCUUCCUUUAGCCGAGGCUCAGCAGAAGCCGAGAGAAUGUGUGCUUGAGAAGCAGCCGCGCGGCACCGCCCGAGUGGGAGUGGGAGUGGGCUGGACGUGGGCACCGCAGCCGCGCAGCCUGGCACGGGGCGCCCAGCCAGGCUUGUCAGCCCCAGCGCGUCACCGUCGCCCCAAGAGACGCUGCGCUGCCCAAUAGGCAAAGGCCCUCGCUAGCACCGGGUGGGAGCAGAGCUAUAAAAGUGCAGAAAGAAUCCCGAGCGAGCAAGAGAGCGAGUGAAUGCACGCGGGGCUCCGCGGUCCGGACGCCAAGGCGCGACCGCCUGGGCGCCUCGCUCCCCGCGCCGGACCGUGCGCACCGAGCCCGGCGCGGACCUCGGGACCUUGCGCUGCCGGGCCUGGGCCCCGGCACAAUGGUCCCUCCCUGCUUGCUGCUCCUCCUCCUCCACUCGGCGAGAGCCACGGAGAUCCCCGAGGGCCAGGCAGAGGAGCAGAGCCUGGAGGCGGCCCUGGGGGUCCCCAACGCCUCCCGCUUCUUCUGGAACAACUACACCUUCUCCGACUGGCAGAACUUCGUGGGUCGGAGGCGCUACGGGGCGGAGUCGCAGAAGCCCACGGUGAAAGCUCUGCUCAUCGUGGCUUACUCCUUCAUCAUCAUCUUCUCGCUCUUCGGCAACGUCCUGGUCUGUCAUGUCAUCUUCAAGAACCAGCGAAUGCACUCGGCCACCAGCCUGUUCAUCGUCAACCUGGCGGUGGCGGACAUCAUGAUCACACUGCUCAACACGCCCUUCACUUUGGUCCGUUUUGUGAACAGCACGUGGGUGUUCGGGAAAGGCAUGUGCCACGUAAGCCGCUUUGCCCAGUACUGUUCCCUGCAUGUCUCAGCGUUGACACUGACAGCCAUCGCUGUGGACCGCCACCAGGUCAUUAUGCAUCCACUGAAACCCCGGAUCUCAAUCACAAAGGGUGUCAUCUACAUCGCUGUGAUCUGGAUCAUGGCUGCAUUCUUUUCACUCCCUCAUGCGAUCUGCCAGAAAUUGUUUACCUUCAAGUACAGUGAGGACAUUGUGCGUUCCUUGUGCCUACCAGACUUUCCUGAGCCUGCUGACCUUUUUUGGAAGUACUUGGACCUGGCUACCUUCAUCCUGCUUUAUAUCCUUCCUCUUCUGAUCAUCUCUGUUGCCUACACCCGUGUGGCCAAGAAGCUGUGGCUGUGCAACACAAUUGGCGAUGUGACCACAGAGCAGUACCUUGCCCUGCGGCGCAAGAAGAAGAAGACCAUUAAGAUGCUGAUGCUGGUGGUGGUCCUCUUUGCCUUCUGCUGGUUCCCUCUCAACUGCUAUGUCCUCCUCCUGUCCAGCAAGGUCAUCCACACUAACAAUGCUCUCUACUUUGCCUUCCACUGGUUUGCUAUGAGUAGCACCUGCUACAACCCUUUUAUUUACUGCUGGCUGAAUGAGAACUUCAGGGUUGAGCUGAAGGCAUUACUGAGCAUGUGCCAAAGAUCCCUCAAGCCUCCAGAGGACAGGCCACCCUCCCCAGCCCCUACCUUCAGGGUGGCUUGGACAGGAAAGAGCAAUGGCCAGAGGACUGUGCCAACCAGUAAGCUCUUUCCUUCCUCUCAACUCCAGUCUGGAAAGACAGACCUGUCAUCUGUGGAGCCCAUUGUGGCAGUGAGUUAGAGAAGGUUGCAAAGAGGCAGCCAGAGAGAUCUGACUCUGGCUGAGAUCAGAAAAUGACCUGUCCUCUAACACAGGAUCCGUACAGUGCUGCAGACAAGUCCCUGCAGAGGUGGUAGGACUCUUGAUUCCCUGGGGAAAUGCCCAACCUCCCAGCUUCAUUUUCUGUGAAAACUAAAAGUUAGCACCUAUCAACAAGCAUCAGCGGUAUCUCUUAGUUAAGAGAUGCCGUGAACUACAGCACCUUGAAUCUUUGCGCAAGACAACCAAGCACAACCCCCAUUCCAAUGGGAGUAGAUACAGUCAACUGCCUCCAGCUUCUGCACGACAGUCUUCAGCUUUUCCUACCACUGACUGAGCAUUCACAGAGGAAAACUGAGUCACUUUGAGUAUGGUCAACCCAAAAGGGCAAAUUCUGCUGAAAACAGGUUCACUGUUCGGUAAGGUGUUAGCACAAAAAAAAGUAAUUAAAAUCACCCCCUUGUCUCAUCGACUUGUGAUAACUUCUUUUAACAUCCUGUGGAUAGAUUUGCAGCUUCUUUCCGUGUGUGUGCACAUUGUUUUUUAAAGUUCUAACCUACACUUUUCCAUUUAAAUUAUAAUGAUCAGCAAGAAACAGAGGUGUAGCUGAGUACUUCUGAACCUUCUCCAAGGUACAUUGUCUGCCAUAAGUAGUAAGGAAGAGGUGAGAGAAGAACGGAGGAUGAAGAGUAUCACCAGACAGUCAGAACCUGCGCGUUUGUGGUGGCAGGGUCUGGCUGAAGUCCUUGCCUGCAGAUGGAGGCUAUCAUGACAAUCCAGGAAACAAGACUCAGCUGCAAGGUAUAACUGCUGUUUUCCUGCAAUUACACAAAAACAAGAUGAGGUGGGACACUGUUCUGCUUUCACAGGAGAUGAGGAAACAGGCUUUCCAGAAGGCUGGAAAUAAUUGUAUUUAGGUUUCACAUUCAGCCAAGCUGCCUAGAGAGGUCACUUCUCCACACUGUUGGUCUGAGGAAUGAGAUUUUUUUCACACCAAUUCCCAGAAGAAGACUCACUAUCAACAUCACCUCAGCAAUUCAUGUGUCACUUCCAAAAUAUAUGGGAUCCUUAAAGAAGCCUUUUUUCUUCAGGGCCCACUUGCCAGAGAAAUCUCAUUCCACAGACCAAAUGUUUUCAUCACUUCCAUCUGGUCCUGAGUGACUCACGGUGGUACCUAGAGAGACAGAUGUGCCAGGCAGAUCGGAGCUUAAUUCCCCAGCUAGAACAGUUGCUGCUGUCAUCCUGAGCUAUUUCCCUUCUGGCCCUGGAGAGAUCAGGAAAGCAAAGCAAAGCAUGCUGAAGCAUGCCUGAAAGCAGAGUAGCUGAGUAGGAAACUGAGGUUUGGGGGAGAAGGAGUUUGUACAGUAUUCUUAGACCUCUUUGCUGUUACCUGAACCUGAACUUGGCUACACAGUUUGUUUCUCUUUAAUAAACAAUAGAAGUCACUUACACUAGUCUAUUAGAGGCUAUUAGAAAAUUUUAAAAAUAGGAAAAAAAUUAAAUUACCUACAAAACUAUAAAUUUAAAGUACCUACAAAACUAUAAAUUAAAAGAAAUUACUCUCAUAGGACAGCAUUUUCUCAGUCCAAAGGGAAUCCAAAAUGAGGUCAAAUGACUUAUGUACCUAUCUUUGUUGUCUUUGUGAUGUCAAGAAGUAGAUACUAGUUUCAUCCUAACACUGCCUAGAAACUCUAUAAACCAGAAGUGAGCCCAGGCAGCAGGAAUGCUGAAAGUGUUUCCUGACCUGGGAUUCAUCGGGAAAGCGUCUCUCUCUCUACCAUGAGUUUGUCUGCAAAUACUGCCCGCUCACAGUGGAAACCUUUAGGUCUGGGACUGCAGCUGGUACUUACCUGCCACCUUCUCCAUGCUCCCUGUGUAACUCAGAGCAAAAAUGACGUGUAAUUGUAAAUGUGAAAUUUGUAAAACCUAAGUUUUUCCAAUGUUCUGUUAAAACAUGCAUUGUUAAUUGUUCUAUUCUCAAUAAAAGAUCUUUUUUGUGUGUGUGAA